AUGUCUGUUGUAAAUCUAUGCCCUCUUAUCGAUCUCGGUGCACCUACCCAAGUGGCCCAUCGACUCGCUGCUGGUUCAGGCGAUGAAAUAAGUCGUAACCAUAAGGACUCAGGGCAUAUUCGAUAUGUUUUUGAUUUUGGAUCUUCUGUUGUAGAAGAAUCGGAAGAGUGUGGUCGCGCGUUGGAAUGCCUGAUAGCUGGCCCGCACAACGUAUCCGUCGCCGAUUCUGAAACGGGAAUUGUCUGGACUUCAAGCCUUGAUGAACUCUCAACUCCGUCGCCAACCAGGGCUCAGGCGAAAAUACAUUUCAAAUGCAAUCGUAGUUUGACAGAGAUCUCAUUUCGUUCAGAGGAACAACAGGGCGACGUAUCGGUGCACUCAUUUGAUUGGGAAACCCCGCACGCCUGUGAGCAUGUCAUCAACAGCAGUGCCAACCUCGACCAAAUAGGGACCCUUGAAGAAGGAGGCACUGACGAAAGUAACCAAGAAGAUCAAGAUGGCGGUUCCGAAGAUGAAGAGCAGAACCUUGUGCCUCCCGCCCACACGUCCCAUCGACAAAUCCUUCGCAUUCUUUUCUUUGCCGGGUUGACGAUUGUGGCCAUCUCUGCCCUGGUAAUCCGUAGACCUUCCAUCCUACCUACACCUCUUCGCUCCCUCCUCAUGAUCCCUCUCCCUAACUCGCCGCUUCUCCGUUUCGCUGCCAAACGCCGUGCGAGAUCGGCUGGAGACAAUCAUGCGGACCAGCUCCCUGAUCAUCGCUUCCGCGUAGACGAAGGACGUCUUGUUCGCUGGGCUCACGAGGACAUGAGUCUGGAGGGUGAAGGGGAGCUAGACGUUAUGGUUAAUGGAUCCGAUGAUCUGGCCGACCCAGAUGAAGGCGCCCGUUAUGCUUACGGGUACGGGUAUGGUGCGGCGGGAGUCGGCCGGAUGGGUGCUGAGUAUAUUCCUCUGAAGCCCAAUCCGUUCGCCGGUACGAAGUUUGGUAAAGCUAAGCUCUGGGGUGCCAAAGCAGGCUACGGCAGUGUCGUCAUUGGGAGAUGA